UGCGUCGUGACGCUGGCUCGUAGCAGCAGGCGGGUUCUGCUGUCAGUUUCCUGAGUUGUACCAUUGUACAGUUCGACCUGAAGGCCACCAUGGUGCUGAACCCAGUCAUUUCCAAGCUUGCUGGUAAACUGGUUGUGCUGGCCAGCGCUUCUCCUAGAAGACUUGAGAUUCUCCGCAGUGCAGGUUUACGUUUCGAGGUUGUGCCGUCCUGGUUUAAGGAAACCCUCGAUAAAGGGCUUUUCAAAGCACCUUAUGAGUAUGCCGUUGAGACAGCCAAGCAGAAGGCCCUGGAGGUAGCCAGGAGGAUGCCCUUUAAACACCUGAAGACUCCAGAUAUAGUUAUUGGGGCUGACACAAUUGUGACUGUAGAUGGCAUGAUUCUGGAGAAACCAGUGGACAAACAUGAUGCUUAUAGGAUGCUGUCAAGUUUGAGUGGUAAAGAGCACAGUGUAUUCACUGGUGUAGCUAUUGUCCUCUGCCAUGAAAAAGAAAAUGAAGAAGUCGAUUACCAGCUGAUAGAUUUCUACGAAGAAACUAAAGUGAAGUUUGCUGAUCUCUCAGAAGAUAUGCUAUGGGAGUACAUUAAUAGUGGUGAGCCCAUGGACAAGGCUGGUGGCUAUGGCAUUCAGGCUCUGGGUGGCAUGCUGGUCGAGUAUGUCCAUGGAGACUUUCUCAAUGUUGUGGGUUUCCCCCUCAACCACUUCUGCAAACAGCUAGACCUUAUUUACAAUUUUUGUACUUCCUCUUUGAAAAGUACGUCAAGCCGCAGCGACAGUCUCGCCACCUCAGUACCCACCCAGCCCCCCUCCAGCUCACAGGCUCUGCUCAGCCACAACUCCUCAUCCAUUCCCAGACCAAGCAGCCCAUGUGACAGUCAAAGACUCCACACCCAGAUCACCCCCACAGCCAGUCCUGCCCAUAAGGUAAAAAGAGAAGACAGUGAAAGUGAAAGUUCACAGACGUUGGUCAAUAGCACGUCUAAACAUACAGACAACAGGAAGGUCAAGCUUCAUGACAAUGCAACAUUACCAUUGGUAACAAGAAGAGGCCAGGUGGUUGAACCUACAAGAGGAGACUUGGAGCGAAUCUCUGAACUGAUGGAUGGAUUCAAAGCCUCAAAGGCACUUUUUACAGCAUCCAAGUUGUGUUUGUUUGACCUGCUACAUAGCCGGCCUGGGCUGGAUGCAGCACAGGUGGCCCAGGAGAUCAAAGCAUCUGCAAAGGGGACUGAAUGUCUGCUGGAAGCCUGUGUAUCUCUGGGAUUGUUGAAGAGCACAGAGAAAGCAUGCCAAAAGCCAGUGUAUGAGAACGCAGAUCUGGCCACAGAUUUUUUGAGGUCAGAUGCUUCCUUUUCACUGCACGGCUACCUCCAGCACUGUAACGAAACCAUGUGGCCACUUUUCUCCCACCUUGAGAGUGCUGUGCAGGAGGGCACCAGCCAGCGUGAGAAGGCCUUUAGCAAGCACAUGCUUCAGGCUGCUUCCACCAGCAGUCGGGAAGGCAAACUAAGAUUCAUGAAGGCCAUGCAUAACAUUGCAAAAAUUACAGGGAAAACCAUAGCAACGGCAUUUGACCUCUCCACCUAUAAGUCAGCCUGUGAUCUCGGAGGGUGCACUGGUGCCUUGGCUUAUGAGUUCACCGAAGCUCAUCCUGGAUUGUCUGUAACCGUGUUUGACUUGCCUGCUGUUGUCGAGUUGAAUGAAUUUUUCCGUCCACAGCACCCGGACAACAGGGUAUCAUUUGUAGCAGGAGACUUUUUAAAAGACGAAUUACCCAAAGCAGACUUGUAUAUCCUGGCGAGGAUUCUUCAUGACCUGCCUGAUGAGAAAGUGCAUAUACUGCUGAGUAAAAUCGCAGAUGCAUGCACAGCAGGCUGUGGACUCCUGCUAAGCGAGAUCUUCCUGGAUGAAGACAGAAGGGGCCCCAGCCGUGGGCUGCUGCAGGCCCUUAGCAUGAGCGAGGGGAAACAGAGGAGCGCAACUGAAUAUAGCCUGCUUUUGAAGAGCCACGGUUUCAUCACAGCGCAUAUCAGACAUACAGACAACCUCCUGGAUGCCAUGCUGUGCAUCAAAGCUUAACACUACAUGCACAGUAUACAUUUUGGUGUAUGCUGUAGGUAACCGUUGCCAAAAUCAGGACUGUGAGUCAGGACUGUUUUUUUUGUGGUUCUUUAAAACAGCUAGCUGAUAACAAAUAAAGACGUCUUUGUUUUAAAGUG